AGGUGGAACGCGAAUUGUGCUCUAUCGAAAAGAGUUUUACCGUCUUCAAGUGAGGUGGUGUCUGUUCUCGAACAAAUUACACGUGACUGUUUGCAACACAAUUGAAGUUGAAGAUCUUCAAAAUGACGGAGGAAUUGCAGACACAGCCACAGCCCCAGCCGCAGGCUACGAUGCAGCCACAGCCAAAGGCACGGCUAGGACCACAGGACUACAGGAACUCGGAGCUCGUGACCAAGUUUAUGGCCGCCAAUCCGCCCUACCUGUACUCACCGGCCGUUGGGCCGCACAAUUUCUUCUUCAGCGAAAUGUUGCGCUCGCUGGUAGCCAACAAACGGAACGAAAGUCUCCGCAAUGCCAGUGAACAAUUACAUCAUCAGCAGCAGCAGCAGCACCAGCACCAGCAGCAACAACAUCAUCAAGCACAUGCUCAAGCUCAGCAUGUUCAGAGUCAGUUGGCGCUGCAGGCCGCAUCAACACGCAGACCACGUAAACGAUCGUGGAGUCAGCAUCGGUACUACCCGGAAGUUACGCACAAGGAAGGCAAGGAUGGUGAUGAUCGUCCAGCAACGCAUCCAGAGAAACCACUGGAGCUGACAAACAAACUGGCCGUGUUCAACAGCCGGAACAUUCCCGCAAUGCCAGGUGGUGGAUCCGUUGGCACUAAACUCUUCCCUGAUGAGCCACCAGAGCCCGGAUGCUUCAAGACUCCGGCGUAUCACGAACGGAAACAGAGCGAACUGAAGCCAGCACCGGCAACGGUGCCCGAGAAGCCCACGAUCAACAACUCGAGUCUGCUUCCGGAACCAUCCGCCGGAUCGAUGCCUCCAUCGGACUUGAUUCUUCCUCCACCACCACCCGUCUGGUAUCCACCACUGUACCCUCCGUACGGUAUCGAUCCGUUGCAUUUCUUCAUCGAUUUACGCGUUUCCGGCCAUAUUUAUGAUCGUAAAAAGGAAUCCAACUCACCGGGGUCCGGUGGCUCGGAGGGAUCGACACUGUCGGUGAAAAGUGAACACUCGAAACUGAUCGGUACGGGUGGCGAUCGACAGGGAUCAGCGUUCAGUGUCCCCAAACCGCGCGAUACCGUGCAAACCGUGACUGGAACGGCGGGGGCGGAGGUAGGACCUUCUGCUAUUAAUCUUGCUACACCGUUAGACGAAGGGGGACAGGGAGUGGACGCAAAUGAAGGAGAGCAUCGGACGACGGAUGCACACCAAGCGCCAGCCGGGUUCGGUGGUGAUACGAAGAACGCACAUUAUGUGCUGCACAAUCUGCCGCGUAUUUAUGGUGAUUUGAAUGGUAAUCAUAAGAUGGCCGAUGGUAGAUGCUUGGUGGAGGACGAAGAAACGAAUGGUAACUUGAGCGAUGAGCAGGAACAGGAUCCCGAACCGGACAGUAAAUCCAUUGGUUCGAUCGAUGAUGCAACGGAUGAGGAGAAUAAGUACAGGGAUGUGGAUUUGAAUGUGAUUUCGGAUGAGGAAUCGAUCGCUGUGGAUGAAAAUUAGAGCCCUAGACGGGUUGUAUUUCGUGUUUAAAUUGGUUAUCACAUGGUGGAAAGUGUUGUA